CUUCAUCAUUCCUUCUUUCCUACCAGAGCACCAAAUAACAAAACCCUAGCCGCUUCUUCAAUCUCCCCGUCAUUGUGCCCUCCUUCAUCGUGCGCCACUGUCAUCGUCUCACUCGUCUGCUCAUCGUUCUUAGUCGUGCUCUGCCGCCGUUCAUCCAUCUCGCAGCUCUUCCUUGUAAGGUUGUGAAAACCUAGCCUCCACCGCGCCGCCAUCAAUCCACCGUCGCCGCUCGUCGCGCUCAAGAUCGCCACUAGGUUCGUCGUUCUCGAGGUCCCUCGAUCCCUCGUACGCCAAUGUUUGCUUUCCUGUCCUGUUUCACAGUUCUUCAGCGUCGUCCUUCGUCGUGUUUGUCGCCAGCUCGCCGUCUUCGAAGAUUCAAAUUUUAUCUCAGUUGAAGUAGUAACCAAACAAGAAAUCAGCCUUAUUAGCCUUAUUCUAUUUAGUUGCAGGUUCGGAUAUAUAUCAGGAAACUCUUGCCAAGGCACUUGCAAAGCAUUUUGGUGCAAGGCUACUAAUUGUGGAUUCCCUUUCACUACCUGGUGGAACUCCAUCAAAGGAAGUUGAUUCUGCUAAAGAAAGUUCAAAGCCUGAACGACCAUCUGUGUUGGCCAAGAGAAGUACACAUGCUGCUUCUUUAAAACAUAGUAAACCAGCUUCUAGUGUUGAUGCUGAAAUUGUGGGUGGAUCCACAAUAAGUUCUCAGGCUAUGCUGAAGCAGGAGGUUUCUACUGCUUCAUCAAAAGGCACUACUAUUAAAACAGGUGAUCAAGUAAAAUUUGUUGGUAACUUCCCUUCUGCUGUCUCAUCAAUACAAAAUCAUCCUUCAAGGGUGAUGUUACUGGGUGGAAGAGCGCCAGAGUAUCUUGCUCAUGAUCCUCUUGUGGCACUGGUGAUCAAGCUUUUCAGUUCUGGAAAAGCACUUGCUUCCAUUUGCCUCGGACAGUUGAUUCUGGCGGCUGCAAGUGUAGCUAAAGAUCACAAGUUUACCGCUUUUCCUCCUGUUAAACCAGCACCGGUUGCCUCUGGUGUUCAUUGGGUUGAACCAGACACUAGCAACAGUGGUGGAUGGUAAACUCAUUACUGCCGCCACUUAUGAAGGGCACUCUGAAUUUAUUCAGCACUUUGUAAAGGCACUAGCAAGCAACAUAAGUGGCUCCAACAAAAAAAUCCUCUUUCUUUGUGGGGUAUGUUCAAAUGAUUUUCAGGCACACACAACUGAUAGAAACUUAGUACUCAGGGCACUAAAGUCUUUGUUUAUUCUCUUUUCUUUUAUUUAUUUUAAUUUUAGACUUAAUUUGUAAUCCUCUUUAUAUUCAUUGAUACAUGGAAAUUAGUA